AUGACUUGGAAUGAGAAGAUGGAGGAAUCAGAAGCUAGCUCAAGCCUUGAAGAGGUAGUAGGUUUCUAUGGCAGUGGAACAUUGCAAGAUAGAGAACAGAACAAGGAAACAGUCUUCAAGCCAGAGGAUAUGUUGGAUCAUUUCACAUCAGUUCUUUAUCGGGAGAAGAUCAUUAACACUUGGAUUAAUUACACAAUGACGAGACUCUUCUUGAUGAGCAUUGGCUUCGAGAGAUUGGCCUUGACGCUCAAGAAAAAUACAACUAACGAUUCUAUUCAACAAGCUUCUUCUUCUUGGUUUUACUACUCAUCUGUAAAUGGGUUGUUUCCAUUUCCAGGACACGAGAACCCUGUGAAGCUAGCUUCUCUGAGACAUCUUAGUUUGUCCGGGUCUUUCAAUUCCGAUGAUUUCGACUCCGAUAUGUUCGAUUCCGAGCAUGAUGCUUCAGAGAGAGAGACAGAAGAUAUUAAUGAUGAUGAUGAUGGUAAACAAGUAGAUGGUGAGGAAGAUGGGAGUGACGAAGGUUCUGAUCAUGAACAAGAUGAAGUCGUCGAAGAGAGUGAUUCUUCAGAAGAUGAGGUUCCUCCAAUAAAUACAGUUGGGAAUGCCUUGAAGUGGUAUAAGGAUGAAAAACAUAUUGGUUAUGACACCACUGGGAAGAAGAUUACCAAGAAAAGGAAGCGAGACAGACUUGACUCUUUGCUUGUAGAUAAGGAUGACUCCAGGAACUGCUUGAAGAUUUAUGACGAAUAUAAUGACGAGGAAGUGGAGGUGACUAAAGAGGAGAUAUAUCCCAUUCGUAGAAUACUCAAAGCGGCAGCGCCACACGCUGACUUUGAUCCAUGUCCGCCUUAUGUUGAUUGGUUCAAAUGGCAUGAUGCAAAACAUCCACUCUCAAGUGCACCAGAACCCAAGCGAAGGCGCAUCCGUUCAAAAUGGGAGGCUAAAAUUAUUGUUAAGAUCGUUAGAGCAAUCCGGAAGGGGUGGAUCAAGUUUGGUAAGCCUGAAGAAGAGCCCAAGUUGUAUCUCUUAUGGCAUAAUGAUGAUUCAACUUCAGAUCAAAAGAGCAAGCAAUUAAUUUAUACUCCUCCACCGAAACAGAAAUUGCCAGGACACGAGGAAUCAUACAAUCCUUCUUUGGAAUACAUUCCAACAGAGAAAGAUAUAGCCUUAUCUAAAUUGAUGUGCGACACUACAGGAAAAUGA